AUGUCCCAUCUUCCACCCUCUGUGCUUGCGCAGGCCCUACUGAACCCCCCGUCACCCGCAAAGCCCCCUCCGCCGCUCCCCUUCGGCGCCCUCCUCUCUCGCACCCUCCCCCACUACAGCGGCGUCUACCAGGUCGGCGUCAUCGACGUCGAGGUCCCCGUUGCCCGUCAGACCUUCGGCAACUUCAUCCACCACAACCUCAAGCGACACCAUGCCGAGAACGACCCCACCCUCAAAGGCCAGCGCGGCCUCGUCAUGGACACCGUUAUGUUCAGUCUCUUCUACCCCGCCGACGCGCACCAGGGCGACCGCAAGCAGGACAGGGUGGUGUGGUUCCCGAGACUCGGCCAGACGAUCGACGGCUUCCUCCAGAUGGCGAAGCGCACGCCCAACAACUGGUACCGUGCCUUCACAUACCCCAUCGCAGCCGCCGCCAUCUGGGGCACGACCUUCCCCGCGCACAAAGACGCGCCGCUCCUCCGCCCGCCCCCUGCAAACCCACCCGAACCCGCAGACAGCAACACCGCCAACCCACCGACGGCCGAGAACCGCGGGAAAUGGCCCCUCGUCAUCUUCAGCCACGGCGUCGGCUGCUCCCGCCUCAUGUACUCGCAGAUCUGUGGCGAGCUCGCGAGCCGCGGGUAUGUCGUUGCCGCGCUCGAGCAUCGCGACGGCACGAGCCCGAGCAGCAAGAUCACCGACGACAAGGGGAACACGAAGAACGUCGACUGGCUGCAGUGGUCGGACUUGGAGUGGCCGGAUCUGGAGACUCAGCCGACAGACGACACCUUCUUGAGGGGUGUCCAACUGGACUUGCGCGCGGCGGAGAUACAUGAGACGAUACGCGCCGUCAGUCAGAUGACUACGGGACGCGAUAUCAUACGGUAUUCGGACCCGGUGCAGGCACCAGGUGUGACGACUGAGCAGAGCUUUGACUGGAAACGCUGGGAGAGCGCUGUGGACUACGAGACACCGGUCAUGGCGGGGCACAGUCUAGGAGGGACGGCCGCGUACCUCGUAGUGUCGGCGCGGAAUGAGGUCAACUUUGAUGGCAUCAUCGUCUUCGACCCCGCCACCCAGCGUGUCGCGCCAUGGCAAGGAACGAUCCCACACCCACUGCUAGUCGUCAACUCCGAAGAGUUCGCCGUCGGGCGCGAAUACGCUAUCUUCAAAGAGCAAGUCGCGCGCACCGUGAAGGACCCGCCCCGGGUCUACACCAUCCCUGGAGCGACACAUCCGUCGUUCUCGGACGUCUUCCUCAUCCUCCCGCAGCGGAUCAACGAGCUUACGGGCUUGAAGGUCUCCGCGGAGAAGGUAAUCGAGCUCGCGCUCGACGCAGUGGGAGACUUUCUGCGAGGCGAGGGACACAAGACUGUGAAGCGCGCGAUGGUCGGAUGUCACGGGAACCAAGGCAAGGGUGCGCGGGUCACCGCGACUCAACGCGACACCCAGAAAGGGGAGAAGGCCACGCAGGCGUGGGAGGAGGAGAAGACGCGGCUGGCUGCGGGGCAAGAGGCGGUCGGGCAGGGGGGCACGGCGUGGCAGGGCUUGGUGGGGAAGGGCACGCUGAAGGCGGACGCGCUCAUGGCGGAGGGGACGGUGAGGGGGCAGAAUCCGGCGGGCGAGAAUGUAGACGGGGAUGGGCUGCCGAGGAGGCCGGUGGGGAAGGCGGGGGAGCUGGUGUGGCAUCCGUACCAUUAG